AUGGCCACCGGACACCCCAACCUGCACAGCUUUGCCAGCUCCGAUGAGCUAGCCGCCCAAUUGCGAGGCUAUGUCCUCCGCAGCCAGACCUCUGCUCUUGCCCGACACGGCACUUUCCGUCUCGCCGUCUCCGGCGGCUCCCUACCUGCUGUUCUAGCCAAAGCCCUCCUCGCCACUGGCAAUGGCUCCCCGGAAGAUACCCCCCAAUUCUCCAAGUGGCACAUCUUCUUCGCCGACGAGCGCGCCGUACCGCUCGACCACGAGGAUAGCAACUACCGUCUGCUGAACGACGAGCUCGUUUCCAAGAUCCCCGCCGAGCUCGGCUCACCGGUCAUCCACCCCAUCGACAAGAACCACAUUGAGGAUGACGAUCCCCAGGAACUCGCUGAUCUCUACCAAGAGGAUCUGAUGCGCGAGUUUGCUGCUAAGGACAGUGUCAAAUUGCCCGCUUUUGAUCUUAUCCUCCUCGGCUGCGGACCCGAUGGCCACACCUGCUCGCUCUUCCCUGGCCACGCCUUGCUUCGCGAGAAGGAUGCUUGGGUUGCUGCUGAGACCAACUCCCCCAAACCUCCCCCUAAGCGCAUCACCCUUACCCUGCCUGUUGUUACCCAUGCUUCCAACAUUGCCUUUGUCGCGACGGGCGCCGGCAAGAAGGAAAUCCUUAAGCAGAUCUUUGAUCUUGAGGAGGGCUCCAGUCUUCCUUCGGCUCUGGUUAACCAGGGUGCUGGUGAUAAGGUGACCUGGUUCACCGAUCACCCCGCAGUGGAUGGUGUUUCAUUCCCUCGUCGUGGGAGUCUUUGA